AUGCCACGAGCUUCUAGUAACUUCCUAAAGGGUGACACCAGUCAACGCUUUGUAUUCUUAGACUUGGAUUCUCUUCUAUCAUCUGUUCGUGCCCAUGUAUUAAGUCAUGAGUCUCAAUUUCAUUCUGAACUUGCUUUAUUUUCAUCCGAAGUGUCUUUAAGUCCAGAACAUUUAACAGUCUUAUUAAAUGAUCAACAACCUGCUAAAGUUCAAUGCUGGAGAGGAACGUACUGUGCUAAUCCAAAUGCUAUGGAAGCAAAAGCACUUCAAGCAGUACGAAAUGAUGGUGGAUUUAUUAUUAAUUGGCAAUUAACACAAAAAGGAACACCUCAACAUCCAACACUUGAAAAAAUGCUGAAACGUCACUUGACCAAGACAAAAACCAUUGGAGUUGAAAAGACGCUCAUCUUAGCGACGGGAGCACUUACAAACAGUAUACGAAACUGUGUCGAUGCUUAUUUGGCAGCGCAUUGGCACGUUCAACUUGUAACUCUACAGUCAUGCUACAAAAAAAGUAACUGGCAGCUUCCGGAAUCUGAUACGUUUAAUGUGAAAUGUAUUGAUAAAUAUCUUAAUAAGCUGCUUACAGGACGUCAUGGUGGACGAGCAACGUGUGACCAGCGUAAAGUAAACAACAUGUCACCUACUCGACGACCGGAACAACGCUUUAGUAGCAAUAACAGCAAUUGUACCAGUCCAGCAAAACCAGUGUUUGAGUCAUCACCAUUGCAGCAAGAGUUUUGUCACGAGAAGAAAGUGGCUAUGCUGAAACAAGAGAUUGAUGAUAUCCAACGACGUCAAGCUAAAUUAGCAUCACUGCCUAGUGGAAAAUAUGCUGUUGGUAGUCGACAUCGACAUGUCUUUAUGAAUCUCGACAAUAUUGCGGGCGCCGUUUGCAAUAGUCAAUGGCUGUAUCAGCGAGUUAAAGGUGCCACAAGCGGCUAUGACGUGCGUCUAAACUUUCGAGCAUUAACAGAGCGUGUGUGUGGAACGCAGCCGACUUUUGUAAAACGCAGACUGGCAGUGUAUCGAAAGAUGCCUCGGGAACUGGCACUGCCAUUGCAGGAAUUUACUUGGGAGGUCAACGCCUUAAGCCAAAGCUCCAGUGGAAAUAAAGGAUUGUAUUAUGUGCUGCUGGAUCUAUUGGAGACGGCUGGAUCGGCCAAGCACAAGAAUACAUUGGUGCUAGUUAUGGGUGACGGUGCUCUCGGAGGUAGCGGAAUGGAGCAGAAAGAGGCCACAAAAGACUUGCUGACCAAAUUUUUGGAAAAGAACUGGUUUGUAGAAAUUCACUCGUGGCUGCAUGCACUGAGUGAUUGGUUCCUGGAUGUGCAAGAGCAGUAUCAGUAUCGUGUUAUAGUAAAACCCUUGGAUGAUGCUAUCAAUGGCUUGGUCUUCUUGAAACAAGGAGAGGAAGAUGCAUUGGUGAAACCAGAGUGGCCAGCGAGUCAACAGGGAGCAACCGAUGCUGUUUGUGCAAGCUCACCAUUGCCUCCUCCCCUCAACAGCACCGUCUGCAUGGAGCAGAGAAUGAAGCUAGAAGAUGAGCGUAAAGAUUUGCUUGAACGUUUACGCAAGAAUCAGGAAGCAAUGGACGCGCUCGAGUUGGAAACAUGGUCGAUGCAGGUUCUACAGCAGCAGGAGCUGACUCGAAUGGCACAGCAAGCGAGCGAAAAGCAUUUGGCCAUUCGUAUGGCAGAAGAGGGAGAAAUACAGCUCAAGCUUUUGCAAGAGUACGAAAAGUCGCAAGAAGAGGAGCUAUGGAAUUGGACCUGUGGUCAUUAA